AUGCCUCGCCGACCCGUGCGACGCAAAGAUGCAGACCUCUUCAUUGAAGAUGAAACAGACACCUUCAAGGAUGCUGUGAGGGCAGGGAAGCUUUCAACGGUGCAGGAGAUGCUUGGAGCCGUUUCGGAGGACGAUGCAGGUUGUUGGUGCUGUGAAGCUUUGGAUAACUUCGGUCGCACAGCUCUGCACCACGUACUAGCUGGGCCGGACCAGGAGCAGAUCUUGCUCUUGGCCCGGUUUCUCUGCCGGCAGAGAGCCGACCCGAAUGCUUCGGAUGAGAAUGGCGUCACCCCACUGCACUUGGCAGCGCAGCGUGGCUCGAAGCACGUCAUCAGGUCCCUGCUUUGUGCUCGAGCAGACAACCAGCAGCGCACUUCAGAUGGAAGGUCCACCGUGGACUUCGCACAGUUUAACCCCUCCCCGGUGGAGGCUUUCGAGGUGGUGGGAUGGCCCGGAAAGGGACCCGAGUUGCACCCCCUGGAGCCCAAGAAAGCCAAGCCCCAGGGUGCCGCGACCGAGGACGAGCUUGAUGCGCGUGUGAACAAUCUCCUUUACCGCUUGGGGCUCGACGGACAGGAUGCCGACAGAAAGGCCGUCGAGUACAGCGGCGGGAUGAAGCGCAAACUGAGCCUCGCCAUCGCCCUGAUCGGCCGAUCUCCUUUGCUUUUCCUGGAUGAGCCCAGUGCAGCCGUGGACGCUGGUGCCAAGCGGCACCUGUGGAAGGUGAUCCGUAUGCGCUCGCGUGACCAGACUGUGGUCUUGACGACCCACUCCAUGGAGGAG